CUGCCGUAGCGUCAAGCCCGUUUCGUGCGCCACCCCGAUCCAUCCCCCGCACACGAGAUCUGAGAUGAGGAUGAGGAACCCCACGGCGGCUCUCUCGCCGGCGGCGAUGCUGCUGCUGCUGCUGCUGCUGGUGUCGCCGGCGGCGGCGGCCACGUGGACCGUAUCGGGCAGGGAGAUAUGGUACAGGGAGAGGAGCGAUGUGGAGGCGCGGCUGGUCUUCGGCGCGUGGAAGGCCAAGUUCGGGAAGACCUACAGCUCCGUCGGCGAGGAGGAGCGCAGGUACGCCGUGUUCAAGGAGACCCUCCGUCUGGUGGACCAGCACAACGCCGCCGGCGAGGCCGGGGUCCGCGUGGCCCGCAUGGGCAUCAACGGGCUCGCCGACAUGACCACGGAGGAGUGGAACGUCAUCUGCUGCGGGGCCGGAAGAUCAGGCCCGCCGUCGACUGGAGGGAGAAAGGAGCGCAGCGGGCGAUCGAGGCCAUGGUCGUCUAGGGGUAAUGCAGACAGAACUUGCACGCAAUACUCAUAUUCUAUGACCCUAAACCAUCCAGCCACACUCAAAUUAUCCCUUUUUAGGGAUUACAAACUACGGCAGCUGUUUCUUCCAUAUUGCAUUGGUGUGCCGGUGAGUGGGGCGGGGAGAGUCACAAGGGAGUCCGGAGGGCCGGAGAAGCGGCAGGGUGGGAGGGGGAGUCGCUGCGGGGAACAGCGGCGGUGUCACGCGGCAGUACGGUGGCUGCCCUGGAACCAGAAUAAAAUCUGGAGGUAGCACUAUCCUUGGAAGAGAUGAAGCACAGAUGGAUCUGUCUGUUUGUUGCUGGAAGCCGAUAACGUUAGCAGAACCAUGUUGCUCGUAUAAUAAAAACUGAGAUGAAAAUGUAUGCAUUUCCAGAAUAUGAAGUGAGAGAUUGUUUGCCGUCGUCCAUGUAUACAACUAUACAUGAGUGACACAUGUAAAGAGUGCAUCAUGGUUCUGAGCUAUCUAAGCUUGCUCUGGCUGCUGAAAGGUUUUUGACUUGCUGUUCCUGGGAGAUCCAAGAUACUGCUCAGAAUUCUCGUGAACAUCUUAUUUUGCUUUCUCAAGCAAAGAAAUCCACCGGGUACCAAGGGCGGCCUGGGAUGCUAUAUGUCACUUGAGAGUCCAGGGUAAUUUGCCAUGGCUUUAUGCGGGCGACUUUUAACGAGAUCUUAUUCCAGAAGGAACAACUAGGCGGAAAUCCGAGAAGUGUGCUGCAAAUGGAUGGAUGUAGAGACUGCUUGACCAACUGCGGUCUGGCUGACCUAGGUGUGAUGGGGUUGAAAAUAUUCAAGUGCGUCUAGAUCGAGCAACGUGUAGUGACGAGUCCGGGUGAGAUCGGAACUGGCCACUAGCGAGUGGCCGGCUUUUGAUGGUUUUCCUUUAUCAGCAGAAUUAGAUGAUACACCAAAAUUUCUUGGUGGCAACGGGAAGUUUGGUCUGUGUGGUAGUAGAAGUCUUCUUGUACUUUGUGAACAAGGGCGACAUACUGUGCGAAUUCAUAAUUGGGGAGCAUAUUAUCGCAUAAUGUGCAUGCUCACUCCAAUAUAACCCGAUCUGCAA